UUUCUAUGUGCUUCUGGUGGUAAUGUAUUGGUCCAGGCUGCCCUGUGUGCCCCAGCAAGUUAUUGCACGGGCAAAGUAAUUUCUGUGUUGCUGAGUUGGAGACUUUCCUCUUCAUUGCUUCUGUUUAUGCCAUUGUUGCUAAUGGUUGAGGGAAAUGUGCUGACUGUCUGAAUGUGAGCAGCUAUUUGUGGCAGGAGCUGUAAUUUCAAAGGCUGCUAAAUUUAAAACUGUAUUAAAAUCCCAAGAAUGCGGCUCCUAUUUUUAUCUUACUCUGAAAACUUGCACAUUUUUAGUGGCCUAUAUAGUACAAAGUUAUUUGCAGGCAGGGCAUGAGCUGCGUUCUGCAGCUUUCCAGAAGGAGGGUGAUUUGGGAUCCCUCAGCUUGCCUUGGCUUCUGGGCCUCUGUAGUGUUCUGGAGAGUAUUUGAAGCAAUAAGGAAGAUGGAGAUUGAGACUGUGGUGCUGAAUUUACGGAAUCUGUGCGAGCAGUUUGAGCGCCAGGCUGAAGUUUUAAGUGAGGGAACUGAAUACAAGUUCCUUCAGUUAGCAAAGAACUUUGAAGAGUAUAGGAGAAAAUGGCAGGAAACAGAGCAUGAGCUUGUCAGGUACAAAGACCUCCUCAUGAAAACUGAAGCUGAACGUAGUGCUUUGGACGUGAAGCUGAAACAUGCUCGCAACCAAGUGGAUGUGGAGAUCAGACGGAGGCAAAAAGCUGAAACGGACUGUGAAAAGCUGGAGCGGCAAAUGCAACUGAUUCGAGAGCUGCUCAUGUGUGAUGCCUCUGGGAGUAUUCAGCUCAAUGAAGAGCAGAAGUCUGCCCUCGCCUUUCUUAACAAGCAACAGGCUUCUACUGGGGGCUCAGGCAACAAGAGGCUGUCUACAAUAGAUGAAUCUGGCUCAUUUCUGUCGGAUAUCAGCUUUGACAAGACUGAUGAGUCACUGGACUGGGAUUCCUCUGUGGUGAAAGCUGUCAGACUGAAAAGGAGAGAGAAGCGGCGGUCUUCCAGGCAGUUCAUUGAAGGCCCACCAUGUCCUCAGAAGAAAACCAGAUCAAUUGGCUCCACGGUGGACCAGGGAAAUGAAUCCAUAGUGGCAAAGACAACUCUCAUGGUCCCCAAUGAUGGUGGCCCAAUUGAAGCUAUUUCUACUAUCCAGACUGUGCCUUAUAAUCUGAAAACUCGGAGGAAGAGUGGUCCUCUGCAGCCUUGGAGCAGCGAGUCAAGCAUAGGCAGUAAGCAGCUGGAAUCCAAACCGGAGACCGAUGGCUCUGGCACCCCACAGAACAAUGGGGGAGUGAGGCUGCACGACUUUGUUUCAAAGACGGUUAUCAAGCCAGAAUCGUGUGUUCCAUGUGGAAAGCGAGUGAAAUUUGGAAAAAUCUCUCUGAAGUGCAGAGACUGCCGUGUGGUUGCUCACCCAGAGUGUCGGGACCGCUGUCCUCUUCCCUGCAUCCCCACCUUGACAGGCACUCCUGUUAGAAUUGGAGAGGGGACCUUGAUGGACUUUGUCCCUUCUACUCCUCCAAUGAUCCCUUCCAUCAUAGUGCACUGUGUGAAUGAGAUCGAGCAGCGAGGGCUGCAUGAGACGGGCCUUUACCGGGUGUCUGGCUGUGACAAGACAGUGAGGGAACUGAAAGAGAAGUUUCUUAGAGCAAAAAAUGUUCCUUUGCUCAGCAAAGUGGAUGACAUCCAUGCUAUCUGUGGCCUUCUCAAGGACUUUCUGCGCAGCCUGAAAGAGCCCCUUCUCACGUUCCGGUUAAACAAGACUUUUAUGGAAGCUGCAGAAAUCUCAGAUGAGGACAACAGCAUUGCUGCUAUGUACCAAGCAGUUGGUGAGCUUCCUCAGGCCAAUAGGGACACCCUGGCUUUCCUCAUGAUCCACCUGCAGAGGGUGGCUCAGAGCCCAGAGACUAAAAUGGACGUUGCCAACUUGGCCAAAGUCUUUGGCCCCACAAUAGUUGCUCAUGCUGUACCUGAUCCUGACCCUAUGAUGCUCCUGCAGGACACGAAGCGACAGCCUAAGGUAGUGGAGCGACUUCUGUUGCUGCCUAUGGACUACUGGAGCCAGCUGAUGAUGGUGGAGCAAGAAAACAUUGACCCAGCACAUGUAAUUGAGAAUGCCAAUGCCUACUCCACACCACAGACACCAGAUGUUAAAGUGAGCAUACUUGGGCCCCUCACUUCUCCAGAGCACCAGCUCUCCAAGACUCCAUCAUCCAGCUCCCUGUCCCAGAGGGUCCGCUCUACCUUCAGCAAAACCACCCCCAGAUUCGGGAGCAAAGGCAAGUCAACAGCCCAACUUGGGCAUCAGUAUAACUUUUUUGCUUCUCCUGUGCUGAAGUGAAGUGGACCUGGGAAGUAGCCAUUGUCCUAGCAUUUGCACACCAGUAUGCACCAGUACAAGAAACACCAGUCCUCUCUGUGGCCAUUGGCAGCUUAUGUAAUAAGAUCUCUUUCCGUUUAGCUUCCAGCUUAACUGAGACUUUUAAUGGGAUUUUAUUGUGCAAUGUAUUUUUAUUAUCUAAUGCUGUGCUGAAUUUUAGUAUUGGUGAAGAAAGUAAUAUCAGGAUUUGUUCUAAGU